AUGGGUGCGCUAUCAAAGUAUGCGGAUGACAACUCCACAGAAUCUACCCAUUUGAGCAUCUUAGAACAAGUCCUUGACAGUGAAAGCUCUGCUAGAGAAUCCUUAGUUUACAGCUAUAAAAACAGUUUUGAUGGAUUUGCAGCUAAACUAACAGAGAAAGAGCAAAGAAUGAUAAGAGGCAUGAAAAAUGUAGUCUCUGUAUUUCCAAGUACAACCAUACAACUUCACACAACAAGAUCAUGGGAUUUCUUAGGUUUCUCAACCACUGUUAGAAGAAUGCCUAACGUUGAGAGUGAUGUCAUUGUUGGCGUGAUUGACAGUGGCAUCUGGCCUGAAUCUGAGAGCUUCAGUGAUAAUGGAUUCGGUCCUUCCCCGAGCAAAUGGAAGGGUAUUUGCCAAAACUUCACCUGUAACAACAAGAUUGUUGGGGCACGAUUUUACAAUGUCGAAAAUAUAUACAACGAAGAGGAAGAGAAGUCCCCUCGUGAUUUUGAAGGACAUGGAACACACACUGCUUCUACAGUAGCCGGUGUUGAAGUUAAAGAUAUAAGCCUUUUUGGCAUUGCUAAAGGGACUGCAAGAGGAGGUGUUCCCUCUGCAAGGAUCGCUGUCUACAAAGUCUGUUGGAGUUUUGGUUGCAAUGACCAUGAUAUCCUGGCUGCAUUUGAUGAUGCAAUUAAGGAUGGUGUUGAUAUCUUAUCAGUUUCCAUUGGGAGUGAAUUUACUAAAGUUUUUACGAAGGAUCCCAUUGCAAUUGGAGCAUUCCAUGCAAUGGAGAAAGGGAUCCUUACCUCCACAUCUGCUGGAAACAAUGGACCAAACAUGUUUACCAUCCCAAAUGUUGCCCCUUGGAUGUUAACUGUAGCAGCAAGCAGCACUGAUCGUCGGAUCAUCAACAAUGUCACAAUAGGCGAACAGAUUACCAUGGUGGGACAUGCUGUAAACACUUUCCCAACAAAGAAAAAGGCGUCCCCAAUUUUAUAUGCAGGUGAUCAUGCAGCACCUAACUCUAGCAGGGACGAUGCGAGGGCAUGUAAUCCUGGCUCUUUGGACAAACAAUCAGUGAAAGGGAAGAUUGUUUUCUGCGAUACAUUGGCUGAUGGUAAUGGGCCCGCCCUUGCUGAUGCUCAAGGAAUGGUGAUGGUAGAUGAUAAUGGAUCUGAUGAUACAGCCUAUACUUUUCCUUUACCAUCAACAUCUGUCAGCAUUGCUGAUGGUGAAAAAUUAAAGCACUAUUUGAAUACUACCAGAAUCCCCGUGGCAAGGAUCUACAAAAGUCAAGAUAUUCAUGAUCCUAAAGCUCCACAAGUGGUUUCAUUCUCUUCCAGAGGACCCAACCCUCUUUCACCAAAUAUACUCAAGCCGGACUUAAGUGCCCCGGGUGUAGACAUCUUAGCAGCAUGGUCUCCGAAAGCCUCAGUUUCAGGUUUUGAAGUUGACAAGCGCUACGUAAUGUACAACAUUAUAUCUGGAACAUCCAUGUCUUGCCCUCAUGCAACUGCUGCUGCUGUCUAUGUCAAAACUUUUAACCCCUCAUGGUCCCCUGCCGCUAUUAAAUCUGCUCUCAUGACAACAGCUUCUUCCAUGAAGGACUCCCAUCAUAUAGAAUCUGAAUUGGCUUAUGGCUCUGGUCAAAUUAAUCCACUAAAGGCUACCCAUCCAGGUCUUGUAUAUGAUACCCUGAAAACUGAUUAUAUACAAGGGUUGUGCAACUUGGGUUUUAAUCCAGAUGAAAUUAAUGCCAUUGGUGGAGAGAAUGUCACUUGUGCGAAGGAAAAUGGAACCGAUGCUCUUUUAAACUAUCCUUCUAUGGGUGCUUCAGUUCUUGUUGGAGUACCAAUCGAUAUAUAUUUCCCGAGGACAGUUACCAAUGUUGGCUUACCAAAUUCUACAUACAAGGCCAUAGUUGGACACCAAAAACUACUAAAUGUUACUGUUAAUCCCAGUGUUCUAUCUUUCAAGUCUUUGAACGAGAAGCAGCAGUUCACUGUACAUGUAACCGGGCCAGGAAUUGGCCUAGAUUCAAUCAUCUCUACUUGGUUACUAUGGUCUGAUGGGAUACAUAAGGUAAGAAGUCCCAUUGCCUUGUGGACCUAUCAAUGAAAAGAAUUGUUUGCAUUGAUGUGUAAAAUUUGUCUUUGAAGCUCUAAUCAAAUGAAGACAAUCAAGUUUUCUUGUAAUCUUUAUCUUAUAUAUUUGUA